AUGGCAUCCGUGUCCAUCGCGCAGCCGCACACACUGGCCGGCGCACGCGUCGCGCGCGGGGCUCAGGCUUCCGCCCGAUCCGCACGCGUCGCCGCGACGGUGCCCGUGGGAGGCACGAAAAUCGCCCUGAUCAGCCGCAGCCAGUCGUCCUGGGGGCCAGGCGUGGAAGCGCUCCGCCGCGGCCCGUCCGUCGGUCGAAACGCGCGUCGUUUCGCGGGUGUAUCGGCCGAUGCCGCGGCGGCGGCGACGUCCGACGCGGCUCCCGAGAAGAGCACGGUGGUGACGGACAUAAUCGCCGGCGUCUCCACGGCUUGCGUGGCGAUGCCCCAGAGCUGCGCGUACGCGCUGCUCGCGGGCACCGGCGUGAAGUGCGCGGUGAUGGCCGCCGCCGCCGCGUCGAUCCCCUGCGCCAUCCUCGGAUCGUCCAGAUACCUUCAGGUCGGGUGCCUCUCCCUCGGCGCGCUCCUCACCCGCGGCGCGCUCGUCAACCUCGGGAUCCCGCUCGGCUCUGAGGUGUACGUCAUGGGCGCGGCGACGCUCGCGUUUUACGCCGGCGUCACCCGCGUGGCGUGCGGCCUCGCGAGACUCGGGAACAUCAUGACCUCGCUGCCCGUCUCCAUCCUGCAAGGGUUCGUGUGGGCGGCGACGUGGAUGGUGUUCUUCAGCCAGGUGCCGGCGAUGGUGGGCGCGACGGCUUCGGGGCCGCUCGCCGGUCAUUUCGCCACCGCCGCCGCGUGGCUCGCCGCGCACCCCAUGAUCUGGCACCCGGGAACGUUCGCCCUCGCCGCCGCCACGUUCGUCAUCAUGCUCAACGGCGGGAAGAUCCACAAGAUGUUCCCAUCCGCGCUCGUGUGCUGCGUCCUCGGCUGCGUCCUCGCGGCGACCGGCGUCGAUGUCGGCGCGUGCGUCGGAGCCAUCCACGUGGAUUUGGGUUCGCUGUUCCCCCCCGCCGCGCUCCAGAUCGGGCCAACGAUUGCGAAGGCGCUCGUCGUUCCCGGCGUCGCGCUCGGCGUGAUCACCUAUCUCGAGGGUGCGGCGGUGUGCAGGUUCUGGGCGGAGCAGGAUGGGGAGGAGUGGAGCAGCGAUAAGGAGCUCGUCGCGCAGGGAGUGGCCAACAUCUGCUCUGCGGCGGUGGGCGGGAUGACUGUCGCCGGCGUCAUCUCUCGCUCCUCGUUCGGCAUCCUCUCAGGGGCGAAGACCAAGCUGUCGCACUUCGUCACCGGUUGCUGCCUCAUCGCGUUCACCGUGCUGGGCGGCGGCGCGCUCCUCGAGGUUCUCCCUAAGGCUGUCCUCGGCGCGUUGGUGAGCUGCGGCGUCCUCCCCCUGCUGGGCCCCACGCCCAAGAUGAAGCCCUUGUUCGACAACAUCAAGGCCCAGCCGUACGAGGUGAAGCGCGACUGCAUCCUGGCGUGCGCAACAGCGGUGUUCACGUUCACGGCGAGGCCCACGCUGGACAUCGGGCUCUACCGCGGCAUCGGGUUGGCCCUCCUGUUCAAGCUCUUCGAAAAAACCCGGGAUUUGGACAAGAAGAAGAACGAGGAGUUCGAGAAGGCCCAGAACGCGUGA